ACAGAAGGAGCUUCAGAAACCCGGAGACAUGAAGACGCUGCUGCUGCUGGGCUUGUGCCUGUACGCCGUCUGGGCUCAGGACGUGUUCGAGUUCGACGACUACACCCUGGACAACACGUCCGCAGAAAAGAACCAAGCGGGGACGACGGUGGACGCUCGCGGCCACCGGCCGUCGGUCGGCAGGGAGAGGUACACGCCGAACAGAUACAGCCCUCCCCUCAGCGGAGGCAGCAGGUACCGCGGCCGGCCGACUCCCGCCCCGGUCGGCGCGCAGGUGCAGGAGAAACUGCCGCCGCCUGAUGCAGGAGGAUGCACGCACGCUUCGGAGGACAUGGGUGUCUUGUGUCCGACCGGCUGCGAGCUGAAGACCACGCUGGUGAAGCAGGAGAGGAACGUCAGGACGAUCAUCAAUGAACUGAAGCCUCAGCUCAACGACUUGUCCCAGUCCUCCAACACCAUCUACAACUACGUCAACGGGAUGUCCAAUUCCCUGAGGGAGAGACAGAGGAUCUUUGGCGACAACAACAGGGUGGUGAGUCAGUACACGGAUCAGGUGGAGGAGCAGCACGCCUACAUCAAGGACACGGUGGACACGGUUUUCCCCUCCAACAUCAGAGUCCUGCAGGGAGUCCUGGACAAGAUCAGGGUCAAGAUCCAGAAGCUGGAGAAGGCCAUCCAGGCCCAGGUGGACGGCUGCAGGGAGCCGUGCACGACCAAGUGCCCCAUACCCGUUGUGUCUGGUAAGGAGUGUGAGGACAUCUUCCGCCGCGGAGGAAGAGACUCCCAGAUGUACCUGAUCCAGCCCGACGGCCUCUACCCCCCGUACAAGGUGUACUGUGACCAGAGCACCCAGAACGGAGGGUGGGUCCUCAUCCAGAACAGGCUCGACGGCAGUGUCGACUUUGGCCGUCGUUGGGAUGAGUAUCGUCGCGGCUUCGGUAACACGGCGUUCACAUCCAGCAAGAGCCACUGCGACACCCCCGGUGAAUACUGGUUGGGCAACGACCGCAUCAGUACACUGACCAAGAUGGGCCCCACUGAGGUUCUCAUUGAGAUGAAGGACUGGACCGGAGCCUCGGUGCACGCCCAGUACCGCGCCUUCACCAUCCAGUCAGACACAUCCAACUACGUGCUGGCCGUGGACGGUUACUCUGGUAACGCCGGCGACGGCUUCCUGGAAGGAUCCCUGGAGCUCUUCGGUGAAAACCGCACCAUGACCAUCCACAACGGCAUGAUGUUCAGCACCUACGAUAGAGACAACGACAACUGGACCCCUGGAGAUCCGUCCAAGCAGUGUUCCAGAGAGGACGGCGGUGGCUGGUGGUACAACCGCUGCCACUCAGCCAAUCCCAACGGCCGAUACUACAUCGGGGGGGCGUACACGUCGAAGAUGUCGAAGCACGGCACAGACGACGGCGUGGUGUGGAUGAACUGGAAGGGCAGCUGGCAUUCGCUCAAGGCCAUCAGCAUGAAGAUCCGGCCGUACAUCGCCUCCUAAUGAUCCGGGCCCAAGCGUCAACACAUGCAACAGGAACCCGCCAAAAUAAGAGACAAACCCAAGAGCUCCAACAGAGGAGUAAAGAGAUGAAAGAACAAAACACGUCACUGAUCAACACCCUUCGGGUUUUUCUUUUUAUUCAUAUUCACACGAAAUAAAAAUGGAGUCAGAAAAAACAAGUUUAAGAGGAAGUGAAUAACUGUUACUAUUAUAAAUAAACGUAAUAUAUAUAUAUAUAUAUAUAUAUAUAUAUAUAUAUAUAUAUAUAUAUAUAUAUAUAUAUAUAUAUAUAUUACACAUAAAGUAUUGUAUUGUGCACUUCAACAAGUGGAAGACGGAUCUUUUCUGUUAACGUAUACGUGAUCUUUGCAUUUUGACCUAGCAGCAGAUGUCUUUAGAGGAAUAAGUAGAGAAACCUGAAGAGUUGUGAGUUGAUGUGUUUGUUCUUGGUUGUCAUGUGUGACGUCAUCAGGACGGGUUCGUUCAACCGUCCUCCGCUACUCAAUAAACACGUUGAGGAACAUA